GGAAGACUUGAAAGCGCGAGGCGACACGGACACCAGCGCCGCGCAGCCGAUCAUGGGACACCCACCGAUGCCCGCCUCACCACAGCAGAACGUAAACAAAAGGGCGCGCGUGGCCUCCCCGCCUAGCAGCGGCGGAGCAUCUUCCGACUCCUCAGGAGCGGUGCGCGGGAAGCACUUUGGGUUGCAGAACUGUACACAGUUACACGUGCUUCCUAUUUCGUCUUUUCUGCGCUAGCAUUUCACAGCACAGCGUAUGCGUAAGCUUCCCUGGAUAUAUAAUUCAUUGAUGCAAUUUUUGUCCUCCAGGUGGCCUCCAAUCGCAAGCAGACCGUCUAGCGCUGCGGAAGCUCCGCCGAGCCAACGCGGUCAAACCCGAUGUGACAGCAGCCGCCGAGCCAGCCCAGGCAAACCCCAUGGGACUCCUGGCGGACGCGUCAUACCAGGGCAUCGGCAUGCUGCAGCAGGCGGGGGCCCAGCAGCAGCAGCAGCAGCUACCAGCAUCCGCCGGGACCUUCGCACUGGUCAACCUGAGUACCGGCCAGGUCAUGCGCUCGAACUUCCAGCCGCGCUCGAAAGAAGGGCUACAGCAGUGGAUAGACGACGACGAUUACCUCACCAAGUACUUCUCCAGGGCACCAGCCGGAUACAACCCACCGCUGAAGCAUUGGGGCAGCCUGCUGGUGAACAACAAGGGACGCCCGAACCCGUCGUAUAUUUCUUUUGCUCCGUCUCCUCUAUGCUACACAUUUGUCAGGCCACCCACUUAUGAGCUCGUUUGCAUUUCCGGUUCUUCCACCCAACAAUAUCUCUUGUUUUACGCACGCAGGUUUUUCUGCUUCCUCUGCGAAGAGGUACAGCCGGAGUUCGAAGCAGCCGCGGAGUGCGCCCGGAAGGGCACUACGUACGUCGGCAAGGACCUCGGGAACCCAAUCUGCGGCGCCAUCCUGUCGCAGGGUGUGCUUGGCAGAUACAGUAGCAAAGUUUCCACCCUGGAAAAGACGAACUUUGUGCAGGACAUGGUCCUCUGCCUGAUGAGCAACCUCUUCGACGAGCCCAGUUUCGACGACUUUUGCGCGAACGUCAGCAAGAAAGUUUCCAAGUCCGACCUGCUCGUUCCUUUCGGAUGGCCGCGCACCGCAAAAACAAUCGAUGAAUUCCACCAGGUGGUCCUUAUCGGCCGGGGCGCACUGAACGCGCAAACGCAGCGACUUUUCCCCGGUGUGAAAUUUCUGGAGAUCAAGGUGCUGGUGAAGAAGAUCUUCGAAGAAUGCCGAUCCUUCAGCACCAUGCAUGGAUCCGAUGUGCAGCACGGCGACUUGACAAAUGUGAACAAACUCCUGUGCAAGCACAACCUCCCGGAACUGUUCCUGCUUAUCCCGUUCGCCGGGACGUCUCUUUGGAAAAGCAGCGCACUGGACAAGUACACGAGCCUGCGACAGCGGCUCAGCGACCAGAAGACGCUGAAGAAGUUCACCGGGGAGAAAUCCGACUGCUCUCUCCCGCACCUGAUCCUGCUCUACGCCGAACUCUGCAUAGCCACGGAGGCGAAUAGUCCGCAAAUUUCCACCAAGGAGUUUGUCAAGGCCAUUGCGGGCCUUGCUGAUGAUGUCCGGCCGUUCGACAGAACCGCACAUGCGGAGCUGCGCAAGGUACAGGAGAAGGACGGGACUUUUGGUUACCAGAUCAGCAAACCGGCCCCAAAGCAGGCGGCGACGACGAAAGGUGCGGGGGGUGGUGGCGGUUGGACUGGAUCGACCAACACUAGCACUACCUCCGCUACCACUGGUGGCGCUUCGGCCACAGCAGCACCGACAGCCACGCACACAGCCGCCGCGGCGGGUGCGCCGACUGGUGCAGCUUUUUAGCUAUUCCCUUGUAGUUUGCUGUUCAAUUUCGGUAGCCGUUUACGCCUAGAAACCAUCGAUCCCGAUCACAUACGCGGGGGCGUUUUCCUAGUUUUUGCACAUGUUUUUGCAGAUUUUCUACUGACGGCCGUUUACGCUUAAAAAUCACGCAUCUCUUUCUGUAUUCACAAAAUAGCCACAGGUUAUACCCCGGGAGCGGGGAGGGGCACGGAGACCGGCUUCGCAGCCGCCCUCUCCUUCACCCGGCCGGGCCUCGCGGCAGCGUACUGCACGGAAGUGGAAACGAUCCGGAAGAACGCCACCAUCUGCACCCUGUUCUGCGGCGGAUUGUGCGGCUUCCGCCUGCCCGGGAGCGACGACGUGAUGUACUGCAAAUGGGGCGACAAGUGCGAGCGUGAUAAUGGCGGCCACCCCGCAAGCACCAAGUACCACACGGAAAAUUUCAACGCCACGGUCGACAUCUCCCAGUGGACCAACCCGCCCGCCCCCGCCGGGAAGAAAGGCGCGGGAAAAAAGGCCAGCAAGGGCGACGGGAAGACGAAGGGCGAGAAAGGGAAGAAAGGCGGAAAGCAUGAACAGCACCCGCCGUAGCUCGCUUAUAGAUCUUUCGCUCCCUAGUUUGUGACACGCAUUCGCUCUUGUCGAUGAGAAUUAAUCUUUAAAAUUUGACUACCACCCACACUACCUUUGCGGCAAAGACCGAUGUUGUAGCAGCCAGCAUGAAUCGCUCACGUUCGACUACGAUUCUUCGAGUUUUCUCUGCAUUAAGACGCUGCCGAAUGGCUAUCGAUUUGUAUUAUUUUUCGGACCAGAAAUCACACCGACUCUAUUUUUUCCGAUCGCGAUCGGAAGACAGUUUUUAGCGAACGCACCGGAGCGCUUGUUUGUACGACCUCGACGGAGCAAGCGAAUUGGCAACGACCCUACCGGAUCGCCUUGUGCUGAUCACAGUAGCGAUAAGCAAGAUGCAACGCAGGGAAUUGAAAGCGAUUCAGGUGCCCAGGCUCGAGCUAAAUGCCCGGGCUUGCUCUAGUCUCCUCUCUGAUUGUGAUAGCGGUGCA